GCAGGGUUUAAUCAUCCAAACUUAUCUAAUCAGUAUCAAGCAUUCAACAGCUCCUUCCGCACUUUGAUUUGUACUACCAUCGCACGAGACUUCAGACCAUUCAAAACAACAAUCAACAUGGCGCCCAACAAGAUUAUCAUAGACACGGAUCCUGGCGUUGACGAUGUACUCGCCAUGCUCCUGGCCUUUUCAGCGAAGCCGGAAGAGUUGGAGAUUCUGAUGCUUUCGCUCACUUUUGGGAAUGUCGAAGUUCAAAACUGCCUGAGAAAUGUGGUCACGCUGUUCCAUCAUAUCGAGAAGGAACGUGCGUGGAGAAAAGCAAAUGGCAGACCCGAGGGCUUUGAAACAUUGAACGCUAGGAAACCUAUCGUUGCUAUCGGGGCCGAGGAGCCGUUGGCAGAGCACAUGAUGGUUGCGGACUUUUUCCAUGGCAUUGAUGGAUUAGGUGGUAUCCAUACCAGCCAUCCGCAUCUCUCGCCAGCCGAAACAUGGAAGUCGUUGUUCCUGCCCACGCCGGAGAAUCUAUCCCCUGAAGAAGCCGCUGCGCUGGAAGCAGUUAAAACCCAACACUCUCUGUUUACGCCCACUUUAAAGCCGGCUCAUGAGGUGAUGUUGGAAUUACUGAGAGAAAAUGAUCCCGACACAAUCACCAUCGUAGCCGUUGGUCCACUUACGAAUCUCGCUAUUGCGGCUGCGAAGGAUCCGGAGACAUUUUUGAAAGUCAAGGAGGUUGUCGUCAUGGGAGGCGCAGUUGAUGCACCUGGCAAUCCACCGCCUCUUGACCGUUUGUAUUCGCCUGAACAACCCGACACUCCAUUACGCAGAAGACUGAACCUCAGAAACCAGAUGACGCCCGGCGCGGAAUUCAACACAUACGCCGAUUCCGUAGCAAGCGCACGCGUCUUUGCCCUCACGAGCCGCAACCCAAAGUCCACAAUGCCGCCUGUUCUAAGCGGAAACGCAAAAGAACAACUACCCCCCUACCCAGAGAAUCUAUCCCGACGGCUGAAACUGAAGCUAUUCCCGCUCGACACAACAGAAUCCCACCUCCUCCCCUCCACCCUCUUCAAAACACACACAACCACACCCCCCAUCGCCGGCUCCCCCCUUGCAGAAUGGAGCACCCACUUCCUCACCUCGACCUUCGCCAAGAACCUGUCCCUGAACUCUGCCCUCGACCCCGCUCAAAUCGGCCUGCAGCUGCACGACCCACUGACCAUCUGGUACGCGCUGAGCGCCGCGGAUCCAAAGUGGAUCUUCAAGACGGAGGAUAUCCGCGUCGAGACGGCCGGGCAGUGGACGAGGGGGUGCUGUGUUGUGGAUCGAAGGGGGAGGCCGGUCAGCGAGGGCGUCGGCGAUGUCGAUGUCGAUGCUGUAGGGGAUGCGGGCGGGUGGCGCGAUGCACGGAGGGGGAAUCGAAUUGAUUGGUGUACGGCGAGUCCUGGGGUGGAUGUCUUUGCGGGGGUGCUGUUGGAGAGGGUGUUUGGGGGGUUGGAGUGAGUGGGUGAUGCAUACAUGUCUGUAGAAAAAGACUGGGGUUUAGAUAGAUUACUGCUCAUAUAAC